GUUUUAUGAGUGUGUUUGGGAAUGAGCGCUUGUCCCGUGAGAAACGACGGAACCAGUUUGCUGCUCCGGGAGCUGCAGGACGCGAUGAUGGGGAGCGCUCUCGUCAAAUGUGCCGUCGCCGACUUAGCGAUCCAGUGGGCAGGCUGGGCCGUCGCAGCAGCUUUUAGAACCGAGAGGUUUUAUGAUUUGACAGGAUCUGGUACAUUUAUACUACUAGCCCACCUGAGCCGGUUAUGGGGAGGGGCAGGCCAUGUUCGACAGAAUGUGCAGACUUGGCUGGUGACAGCCUGGGCACUCAGGCUAGGGACAUUCCUCUUCAUGCGGAUCCUGAAGGACGGCCACGAUCGCAGGUUUAACAAUGUCAGAGACAGCCCAGGGACUUUCUUUGUUUAUUGGAGUAUCCAAGCUGUGUGGGUAUUUAUGACCCUCCUGCCUACACUCAUGCUAAACAGUGAGAAGCGAGAUACCCCUCUGGGCAUGAGGGACUAUAUUGGCUGGAGUAUAUGGGGCCUUGGCUUUGCCACUGAGGCUAUUGCUGACCAACAGAAGUGGCUCUUCAGACGUGACCCAGAUAAUAUAGGCAAAUUCAUCCAGAGCGGACUAUGGGCCUACAGCCGACACCCUAACUACUUUGGAGAGAUCUUGCAGUGGUCAGGUCUAUGGUUGUCAGCCUCAUCUGUGAUGCAGGGUCCCCAGUAUAUAAGCGUGGUGUCGCCUCUCUUUGUGUGGUUCCUGCUACGCAAUGUCAGUGGAAUCCCCAUCCUUGAGAAACAGGCCAUGAGGAAAUGGGGAUCAGAUCCAGCCUUCAGAGACUACAUUAAGAACACUCCUCUUCUUUGGCCGUUUCCUAGGUUUUGAUGUUAAAUGUUCACUUCUCAGAUUUUCUUCUGAAUAGGACUAUUUCAGCACCAAGAUAUCACAGAUCAGAACACGUCUGUAAAGCUGUAAACCCGGAUCAGGUUUACUGCUCUACAAAUAUUUUCCUUGUACAGAUGUCUGUAUACACUUGUUUAAAUGUUAAAAAAAAACCUGCCAAUGUGUUAAAUGCUUUUGAACUGUUUCAUAGUAUAAAUUGAGUUAUUUUAGUUGGUGGUAUAUAAUUGCAUUUUUCUAUAAAACAAAUCAAGCCCAUUAU